AGGCGGCCCCAGGCCCGGCCCACAUCCCCGGGCUCCCGUAGGGCGGCGGGCUGGGCCGCGCAGGCAGGGCGGGCGGCGAGCGCGCUUACGUGAGGCCGGGGAUUCGCCGGCCUGCGCCAGGCCCCGGACACAGAAUGGAAGGACAAUCUGCUUCAUCUUGAUUCUGCAGCAUUCCAAAGUGUGGUAUCCUUGGGGUUCUCUUAACAUUGCUAUGGUGCAGAAGAUUUAAAAUCAGCUGAUGUUCACAAGGAAUAGAGUCACGUGAUGUAUGAAGGGAAACAUAUACACUUCUCUGAGGUUGACAAUAAGCCCUUGUGCUCAUAUAGCCCCAAACUGUGCAAGCAGCGGCGACUCAACGGCUACGCUUUCUGUAUCAGACACGUUCUGGAGGACAAGACUGCCCCCUUCAAGCAAUGUGAAUAUGUGGCCAAGUAUAACAGCCAACGCUGCACCAACCCCAUCCCCAAAUCAGAGGAUCGUAGGUACUGCAACAGCCACUUGCAGGUACUUGGCUUUAUCCCGAAAAAAGAGAGGAAGAAAAAGAAUGAUCCUAUAGAUGAGGUAAAGGUCAGGCACCAGAUGGAUACCAUGGCCUUUAGCCUGACGGUGCCCACAUUGGCCUUGAAGGUGCCCAAUGGACUGGAUGGAAUGUCCCUCUCUCCACCGGGGGCAAGAGUCCCUCUCCACUACCUGGAAACAGAGUUGGAAGACCCAUUUGCUUUCAACGAGGAAGAUGAUGACCUAAGGAAAGGGGUAACUGUGAGAAAGAAGUUGCAGAGCAAGUUGGCCCAGAAUCGGCAGCGCCAGAGAGAGACAGAGAUUUUAAAAGUUAGACAAGAGCACUUUAGUCCCCCUCCUGCACCUUCACAGCCGCAGCCUCCACAGCAGCACUCCCACCUGUCACCUUUAUCCACUUCUGUAAAACCUCCAGCGCCACCGCAGGGUUUAGUCUGCAAGUCACCUCAACCUCAGAACACCAGCCUACCACUGCAGGGAGUGGCCCCCACCACACACACUAUAGCACAAGCGAGGCAGUUGCCUCACAAGAGGCCUCUGCCCCUCCUGCCAUCCAGUAGGGCUCCGGUUGUGGACCCACCCAGGACUGACCGGGUCCUUAUGAAAGCCACAGCCUUCUCUCCACACUUCUCUUGUAUAAGUCGACUGCAGAGACUGGUGAAACUGUGCACCCAGAAACAUCAGUUGGACACUGAUCUGUUUCCCCAUUUAGGGUUGGACUGGUCAGAAGAGAGCGGAGAGGAACUGGAGGACUCAGAGGAGGCCUCACCAUACCAGGUUGCGUGGUCCAUCCGAGAAACCCUCAGAUACGAAAGACACACGUCGGAUGAUGAUGAUACGGAGAGUAGGAGCUCCAGGGUGACCCAACUUUGCACUUACUUUCAGCAGAAAUAUAAGCACCUCUGCCGCCUGGAGCGGGCAGAAUCCCGUCAAAAGAAAUGCCGGCACACGUUUAGGAAGGCCUUGCUGCAGGCGGCCAGUAGAGAACCAGAGUGUACUGGUCAGUUACUACAAGAGCUGCAGAGAGCUGCGUGCAGUCGAACCAGCAUAAGCCGGACCAAGUUGAGGGAGGUGGAACCAGCAGCAUGCAGUGGAACAGUGAAGGGUGAACCGUGCACUAACAAAGCCCUUCCAUUCACCAGGCAUUGUUUCCAACAUAUCCUCUUGAACCGCUCUCAGCAGCUCUUCUCAAGUUGCACGGCCAAGUUUGCAGAUGGACAGCAGUGCUCUGUGCCUGUUUUUGACAUCACGCACCAGACACCUCUGUGUGAAGAACAUGCCAAAAAAAUGGAUAAUUUCUUGAGAGGAGAUAGCUCCCGUAAAGUUCAGCACCAGCAGCAGAGGAAGCCCAGGAAAAAAACCAAGCCUCCUGCACUUACCAAAAAACACAAGAAGAAGCGAAGGCGUGGACCUCGUCGACCCCAAAAACCCAUCCCCCCCGCAGUCCCCCAAGGGAACCUCAGCAUGCCCACCAGCGUCUCACUGCCAGUGGAGCCCUCCCAGAUCCGGAGCUCGUCCACGCCAGAGCUGAGUGCUGAUGAGUUGCCGGAUGACAUUGCCAAUGAGAUCACUGACAUUCCACACGACUUGGAAUUGAACCAGGAGGACUUCUCAGACGUCCUGCCACGGCUACCUGACGACUUACAGGAUUUUGAUUUUUUUGAAGGAAAGAACGGAGACCUCCUCCCAACGACCGAAGAGGCCGAGGAACUUGAACGGGCCUUGCAGGCUGUAACUUCUCUCGAGUGCCUGAGUACCAUUGGGGUACUUACCCAGUCAGAUGGUGUGCCAGUCCAGGAGUUGUCAGAUAGAGGAAUGGGGGUGUUCUCCACAGGUACUGGAGCUUCAGGAAUUCAGUCCUUGAGCCGAGAAGUAAACACGGACCUAGGGGAGCUGUUGAACGGGCGCAUGGUCCAUGAUAAUUUUUCUAGUCUAGAGCUGGAUGAGAACCUGCUCCGUUCUGCUACCUUGUCUAACCCACCUACACCCCUGGCAGGGCAGAUCCAGGGGCAGUUCUCUGCCCCAGCCAACGUCGGCCUUACUUCUGCCACUCUGAUCAGCCAGAGUGCACUUGGGGAGAGAGCCUUCCCAGGACAGUUUCAUGGACUUCAUGAUGGCAGCCAUGCCUCCCAGAGGCCACAUCCUGCCCAGCUGCUGAGCAAGGCAGAUGACCUAAUCACCUCACGACAGCAAUACAGCAGUGAUCAUUCACACUCCUCGCCCCAUGGAAGCCAUUAUGAUAGUGAGCACGUGCCGUCUCCCUAUAGUGACCAUAUCACCUCUCCCCACACAACAUCUUACUCUGGUGAUAAUAUGGCAGCUACCUUUUCAGCAGAGAUGCCCAUCAUGGCACAGCACUUGCUCCCACCCCAACUUGAGGUGCCACUUGGAGGAGUCGUCAACCCCAGAACUCAUUGGGGCAAUCUCCCUGUCAACCUUGGAGAUCCCUCUCCAUUUAGCAACCUUCUCGACGCAGAUGGACAUCUUCUUUCCACUUCCCUAUCCACGCCACCCACCACUUCGAACUCAGAGACCACACAGCCUGCCUUCGCCACCGUGACCCCCAGCAGCUCCAGUGUUCUUCCGGGGCUGCCGCAGACCAGCUUCAGUGGCAUGGGGCCUUCUGCUGAACUAAUGGCCUCCACCUCUCCCAAGCAGCAACUCCCUCAGUUCAGCGCAGCCUUCGGCCACCAGCUGAGUUCUCACAGUGGCAUUCCCAAGGACCUGCAGCCCAGCCACAGUUCUAUAGCCCCUCCUACAGGCUUCACAGUAACAGGUGCCACAGCUACAAGUACCAAUAAUGCAUCCUCUCCCUUUACCUCCCCCAACUGAGCGUGUCUGUGUGUUUGCAGGCAGGUGGGGAACCUGGUGUUUUCUAUCUUUGUUUCCUCCUUAUUGCCCCCUUCCCCUUUUCCUAAAGAAGAUUUUAAAAAUAACAGAUGGGGGCUCGAGGGGAAGUCCCUUUUCCAGUUAAACAAGUCGCCCGGCAGUGGACCUUGCUUCAGUGUUCACAUGUGCUCCGUGCACUGGUGCUCAUUCCCUCCUGGCAGGUUCACUCUCCCCCAUGGUUUCCUUAGUGGCUCAGCACAGUGACUGCAUAGAAUUGACUUUCAGCAGCAAGUCCUAGAAGUGGAAGAUACCUCAGAUUACCAGUGCCCUUUACUAUUUCCUAGAAUUCAGAUCAAUGCUUUCCAUUUUAUUACCAGGUCUUUACAUAGGUGGUUCCAGAUAGGACGAUCCAAUUCAUCGAGUCCCUGUGUGUAAGACGUAGCCAAUGGUGUGUAGAGGCAGAUCAAGGCUCUGACUUAGCACCAACUGCUAAAUACCACGUGAAGCCAGGAUUCCAUUCCUAAUUGUGAUCAUGUUUAAUUAAAAAGAAAAAAUUAGUCUUUUGACUGCCUACGUGUAUGUGUGCGCCCACACGUGUGUUUUUGUGCAGGGCAGGAAGCAGCUGUCCCAUUGUUUUUUCUUUUCUCCCCACCCCCGCCCAUAAGUAUAUAAGGCUCUUACUUCUUUCCCACAUCUCACAACCCUAAUAAAGUUGGUCAUUCUUUCCCACUGAGUUAACUAUGUUUCCUGAAUAGCGAGGGUGGUGGUCUGAUCACAUGAAUAGCACAACCCUUUUCUGCUGAGCUAGCCAGGAACACAAAGAAGGUAAAUUCACGUCAGUGCUGUGGGGAUGUCGUGAAAAGCUUGCCUGGAGUGACUGCGGGGUUGCUGAGAUACUGAGGUCUGCUGGUUGCAUUGCCUUUUUAGACAUGCAUUUGUUCCUAAUCCCUCUGUCUUGGAAUACAUUUGCAAGAUGUAAUUAAAGAAAAUAUUUCUAUGUGAAAAGCAGGAUAGGUCAGAUAGAUUUGGAAAGAUGGCAUCUGUGAACUCUUUGAUCCGUCUUUUGCUUUUGAAUUUUUCAUGUUUACAGUAGUGCUUCUUUGGUAAGAUUUGUAAAAUGUUGAAGACACUUGUAGAAUCAAUGUACCAGUUGUGAAGUGAUAUGUACUAUCUGAAGGAUACACAUUUAAAGCUUUUUUUCAAAACAGAUUAUGGAAAUAAGACAUAAAUUUUACCCAUCCUUUGGUACUUUUAAAAUAAUUUAAGUGCUUAAGUUUUAAGUUUUGGGAAGUUGUCUUAAAGUACCAAGAUUUUAGGCUUAAAAAUCAUACUGGGUAGUUUAGUAAAUUGGUGACUACGAAAUGAAUAUGAAUAUGUGAGUUUUCUUUUUACCUGCCUUCUCCCCGGCCCUCUCCCCUCCCCCAGAAGGGCGGAACUAGAUUUUAAAGGCAUCUGUCUUCUGCUUUCGCUGAGACGUUUCACUGUCCCCUGAGAUAACCAUUGGGUAUAAAUACCUGAGUCUAGUCUAAUUUACAUAUAUAUUUUAAAAGAUGAGGUAGAGAGAACAUAUCUAUUAAUGAUGUGAUAUAAUGUUUCAUUUGUCAGGGAAUAUUUGAUCUUAAUUACUUUUCAAUAAGUAAAGAUUUGGAUGUAUUUUCCUACUUCCCAUAUGUAUUCUCUUUAUGCCAUGCUACUUUUAACCAAUCCCUUCUUUUGAAAGCUUUUCUUUCUCUGCUUUUUAAAGGAAUGAUGGUGAUCAGCAGGCAUUGUGCAGACAUUACGUGACUGAGAUUAUGGAGGGGAAGGGUCACAUGACUGUAUGAAACCAUUAUAUGCCCUAUUUUGUAUUUAUUGAAGUUUCUUUUUGUGGGCCAAAAAUAUGUUUGUAAUAUAUUUAGUUUUUUUUAAAAUCAUGAUAAUUGAUU